AUGUCACAAGAAGUCAGUAUCGUCGCUCCAAGCGACAUGGAAGAAGGCUACCAAUUUGAUGCUCAAGUAGAUGGCAAGACGUUCACCGUUACAGUACCACGAGGUGGCGUCCGUGCCGGACAGGAGUUCACUACCAUCGCUCCCUUUGCCUCUGACGAUGAGCCCAACCGAUUCCGAUUCGGACUCUUUCAAUGCUGGACGGGGGAUGCACAAUGUCUGAUGGGAUUCUUUUGCAGCGGCUGCUUAUUAGGUCAGUUGUUGCAACGGCUGAAAUUGAGUUUCUAUGGCGUCAAAACGAACGAUGAUCAAUACGAGAAUUCUUGUAUCAUUAUGACUGUCGCCUAUGGAAUUGCUCUAUUGUUGGGAUUGAUUUUGGUCAUUGCCACGGGAGCUGGUUUCAUGAUCAUGUACAUUUAUUUGCUUUACUUGGUGGUCGUCUUGACUUUGACGCGGUUGCAUAUGCGCAAUCUGUACAGUAUUCCGGGACAAAUGUUUGGGGAUACUCCUCUGGAUGACUUUUGCUAUUCCUUCUGGUGCACCUGCUGUACGCUUAUUCAAUUGACGCGUCAUACACAUGAUGAGAAGAUUUACAAAUAUCGGUAUGAGUCCAAGACUGGAUUGCCUGAAGGAGCUCCAGAAGUUGUAUAG